AUGUCGACCGACUUGUACGCGGUCUUGGGGCUCUCAUCGAGGGACGCAACGCCCGAGCAAAUUCGGAAGGCGUAUCGCAAGAAGGCCUUGCAAACACAUCCCGAUCGCUUGGGUCCAGAUGCGACCGCGUCGGACAAAGCUUCCGCUGAAGAGCAGUUUCGAUUGGUUAAUAAUGCGUAUGAAGUAUUGAGUAAUGAGGAAAAUCGCAAGCUUUAUGAUCGUCAUGGCGUCUGGCCGCCUCCACAGGUGCAGGAGGAACCAUCUUACCGCAGCCAUCGCUACGAACCCUACGACGGGCGUCCGCACCGCCGCGAGACCUUCGACAGCUUUGAGCGGCAUUUCAACAAUCCCUUCUUCAACGACGACGGAUUCGGCUCAUUCGGCUUCGGAGGUGGCAGGCACCGCCGUUCGCCCUUCGAGUUCACGGAUCCCUUCGAGCUCUUCCGCGACAUCUUCCGAAACGACCCCUUCUUCUCCUCCGCGAUCCGCGACGACCCAUUCCUCUCGCGCUCUCCGCUCUUCUCCGACCUCUUUGGCGGGCCAGCGCGCCCCAGUCCGUUCGGGCGCUCGCCGUUUGGCGGGUUCGGCGGAGGCGGGUCGAUGUUCCCGGAGAUGCUAUUGGGCGGAUCGAUGUUCCCGGAGAUGCAAAUGCUCACUGGGCCCGGCGGCGGCGGCGGUCGCUCGUUCCAUUCGUCCUCGCGAACCAUCAUGGGCAGGUCUGGCGGCGGCGUCUCGGAGUCGAUUAUGACGCGCACGGUGAACGGCGUUACGGAGACUAUCCACAAACGCGUAGAUGCAGAGGGUAACGAGCACGUUACGCUAACGUACCCCGACGGGCGGAAGAAGUAUACGCUCAACGGUGUCGAGCAGCCCUCAACCGGAGCGCUUCCAUCCCCAUCGCGUCCCGAGCGCGGCAUAGCGCCUCCUCCGCUGCCACAGCAGCAGGUACCUCCUGCAAUCCAGGCUCCCUCUCCGCCACCCGCCCCGCCGAGCCGCCACUCCCGCGAGCGUGACCCCCAUCGCCGGCACAGCUCCCGGGGCACGCCCUACGCUCCCCCAGAACAAGCAUAUCCUCCGCCGCCGCCCACCAGCACCCCGUACGCUCCGCCGCCUCCGCCACCUCAACAACCUUACACCCCGGCGCACAGUUACCAGGUGCCGUACCAGCAGCCGUACAUGCAGGCGCCCCCUCCCGCCCCCGCGCCUGGGUACGCCCAACCUCAACCACAUCCCGACCCGCACGGUACGACACGGCGCAUGUCGACUGGUGAUCCGCUGACGAUGUACCCGCCCGCGCAGAACAUCGCCGCUGGUACCGCGACCAGUACGCCGAGUCCGACGGCGGCAGCAGCAGCAGCAGAACCAAGUGGUGGGGCUCGCGGUGAGCACCACCACCACCACCACCAUUCCGACAAGCUGCACCGUGCGGAAGAGCACGAGCACGCGAAGCACGGACUGGGCAAGCUGCUCAGCCCGGUGGUAUCGUAUUUCAAGUCCCACUUUGCGCCGUCGACGUCGAAGACCAAACGCGUGGAGGUUGCGCACUGA